AGUGCACUGUGUUUCUACUGUUGUAUAGGUAUCAUAAAUAUUGUCAUCGACGUUUUCCAAAUGGAAAGUCGAAAAACAUCGGUGAGAACCACUGAUGAAAUUGAAGCGUUUGAUGAGAUACAGCCAGAAGACAUCUGUGGAACGUCUUCGAAGCACCAUCAAACUCAUCAAUUACGGAUAUGGGAAGGCCAAAACAUCCAUGAAGAUCCAAAGAAUGCUGAAUCGUACGAAAUCGAAAAACGGCAAGUGAUCAUCAUGGUCAACAACUUCAUCACAAAGAUGUACAUUGACAGUCAACGGUUCAAAAAGAAUGACGAUAAGACCGAAAAAAAGUAUGAGGAAAUGGAGGAUUUAAUGGACCGAGUAGAAAUAGCUCAUGAUUUAAUUACCAGACUCAGACAAUUGCUAACGAUGGAGAAAACCGACUCGGUAAUGGACCAUUCGUUGAACAGGACGAGGUUUUUUAAAAUGGACGACGACUAUAAAAUACAAAACGAAGAGCGAGAAAAUAUUCGACAAAAAGCGUUGGUCGAGAAAAGGAGAAAGGUAAAAUUGUUCAGUGAAACCAUAGACUCGAUCGCCGAAAGAUAUAAUUCAGUGGUGGAAACGAUAAAUGCCCCGAAUGAUUACAAGUUUCUAGACGAGUUCAAGACGAAUACAAUACCUUUGGAAUUGAAAAAAAACAUGACAAAAAAGAAAAGAGAUACGAAGAACGAAGGCAAUAAAGAAGCUAGUUCCAUACUCUGGUCGCCUUUUGAAAUAUUGAACGGCAGAAUCGUCGACUCGGAUGUUAAACCCACUUACCGUAUCAUCGGCACCGAUGUCACCAGCUACAAAACUAUAUACAACUAUUCUUGCACUCUGUACGGACUCUACGUUGAAGGUAAAGGUUCGAAAAAAGAAAAAGCCAAAGAAGACGCGGCUACAGAAAUGAUCCGUCAAAUACUAAAUGAGCAAAAUGCUAAAACGCUACCAAAUCAUUUUAAGCCGUUCAAUGAACAAGAAAUUAAUGACCUACAAGCUUUGCUCAAAACGAAACAAAAUUAUACGGAAUUUUUAGAAGAAACGACUAAAGAAGAUAUUCCAUUACCAUUAGAAAUCAAAUCUAAUGUGAGACGUACUUAGCAAAAUAUGUCAACACAUCAAUAAAUUAACAAGAGUAUAACUUUAAUAGGUUCGCUAUCAUUAAAUUAGGCACUAAUACUAAUCACACAAAUCAUAGUUAUCUAAUGCAAUUUAAAACAAACAAUCAUGAUUCAUAAGUAUACUUAUUUACUACUUAUAGAUAUUGUAACAGAUAAGUUUAAUUUGUUUACUAUAUACUGCAGUCUGUAACCAUUAUAAUAAUUAUAAAAAAGAAAAUGAAGAAUAUUUUGUUGACCAUUAUUUGUUUUUGAAAACCUAUACCUAAAUUAAGUUUUGUCUCGGCUAUCUGCAUUUUAGUCGAAAAAAAUAAGAUACAAUUUACCGUAUAAUAGUUUAGUAUACUUUAAUUGCAUUGUGAUAAUCGUCAA